CAAUCUCAAAUCUGUGGGCUCUCCGGUUCUUCACUUCCAUUAAUCCCCCUAUUAUAAUAUCUCCCAAAGAUUUCUUUUCAUUCACUGAUUCAUUCCAAUACUUAAAAAGUUUUUUUCAUUGUUCAUCAAAGUUCGUUUCCUUCCUCCAAAAUCUCUCUUUUUGUCCUCAAAUUCAGAACUUCUCAUGGCUUCCGACACUGAACCACCUGAAAUUUCUCCUUUGUUUGAAAGGUUGUUGAGGGAAAGAGACCUCUAUUUCUUUCUACCUGUUAUCUUGGGUGUCUCCAACAAUGUUUCAAGAGAAAACAGUGAAGACCCAGAUCAAGAAACAUCACAGGAAACAGCUUCCCAACGUGAAAGAAUAGUUCUUAUCAACCCAUUUACUCAAGGCAUGGUGGUGAUCGAAGGAGACUCCAAUUUGGAGGCUUUGUUACGUGAUCAGGCUAACAAAGAUGUCCAGCCGCCUGCUUCGAAGUCAUCCAUGGAAGCCAUGCCAAGUGUGGAAAUCGAUGAAAGUGAAUGUGGGGAGUGUGUUGUUUGCUUGGAAGAGUGGAAGCCUGGUGAGGUGGCGAAGGAGAUGCCUUGCAAGCACAAGUUUCAUGAUGGGUGCAUAGAGAAGUGGCUUGGAAUUCAUGGGACAUGCCCUGUUUGCAGGUAUAAGAUGCCUGUUGACGAAAAAGAGAUGGGAAAGAAGAGAGAUGAGCGGAGGAGGGAGAUUUGGGUUAGUUUUUCUUUUAACAAUAGCAGGAGAAGUGAGGAUUCAAAUCAACUUCCUUCAACUGAUUCUAGUAAUGUCUCUUCUUUCAAGUCUAUUGCUUUCUGACCUGGUUCGAUAUCAUUGUGGCAUUGGCUGUUGAGAUCAAAUGACCCCAAGAAUCCGGGCUUCCUCGAACUGCUACCAGUUUCCUCCUCGCAUAGCUCCAAUCUUUUAGCUAGUAAUUGCUCA